GAAAUCAAUCAAAAGGGUGCAACUGCAAAGCCACAAAGGAGAAGGGUUUAAGGAAUAGUCCACUACCGCCUUGUUCAAUACCUCAAGCUCAAAGAGGCGCAAAACUCCCAUAUUCACUGCUUCUUCUUCAUCUUCGUCUCAUGCCAAUGAGUUCUGCUUCUUUCUUGCCAUCUAGUUCGGUGCAUAUCUUCAAUUUCUCACAUGGGUUGUUCUCAAUUUUACUUUGCUCCGUUUAUAACUUCUCUUUUAAUUGUCUUUUCCACCAUUUUUGGUCCUUCUCGCUUCUGGGUCAAUGAAAAUUCCCAAAUUUGGCACUUGGGUAGGUCUUAUUUGUGCUUUUCUGCACCCCCUAUACAUUUUCUUCUCUGAGGUUCUUGCUAUUUCUCACUUCUGGGUGUCUGAAAACUCCCAAUUUUGGCAGUCUCAAAAUGCUAAUUUUUGUCUUGAGAAUACUUCGUUCCCUUGUAGUCACAUAGCAGAACUCGCAAAUGAUUAAGAGAAGGCCUAGUGCUUACUAUUAUUACUGUUCCUUCAGAAAUAGAAGAGCAAUUACAACCUGUUCUCUACCACUAGACCCACCAAAUGCUUCGGUCUCAUCUCUUACCAAUGACCACAAAUCUCUCUGCCUCUCCUUAGCGGAGCAACUCAUUCAACGCGGCUUGUUAUCCUCGGCACAGCGAGUGGUUCAGCGAAUAAUCUCACAUUCUUCCUCAGCUUCAGAUGCUAUUUCCAUAGUUCAUUUCGCUGAGGUACGGGGCUUGGACCUUGAUUUGGGAAGCUAUGGUGCAGUCAUUAGGAACUUGAUGAGUUCGGGUCAGCCCCAGUUGGCUGAGGUGCUUUUCCGUGAUAGAAUUGUUGGCAGAGGUAUCAAUCCUGACUUGUCGAUUUUGAAUUCUAUGAUUAUUUGCUUUUGUAAGUUAGGCAAAUUAGAGGAGGCAAGAGCUCAAUUUGAUUGGCUGCUUGUGAUGGGCUUUGUUCCUUGCAAAGCUGCGUGUAAUGCCAUGCUUCGGGAGCUUUGUGCACAAGAUAGAAUUUUAGAAGCAUAUGAUUAUUUAGUUAGAGUAAAUAAGGCUGGAGUUACUUCUGGUUUUUGGUGUUUUAAUAAGUUGAUUGAUGAGCUAUGCUCUAAGGGGUAUAUGGAUGAAGCUCGUGAUUUGUUCGAUAUAAUGUGCAGUAAACCUGGGUGUCAACCUACUGUCCAUCUCUACAAAUCAUUGUUUUAUGGACUUUGUACGAGAGGGCUGGUCGUGGAGGCUGAGUCACUAUUCAGAGAAAUGGAGUCUCAGGGUCUUUAUAUAGAUAGGAUGAUGUAUACUUCUUUGAUUUAUCAAUAUUGUAAGGCUAAGAAAAUGAAAAUGGCAAUGCAGGUUUUGUUGAGAAUGCUGAAGACAGGUUGUGAGCCUGAUAAUUACACAUGUAAUACAUUGAUUCAUGGUUUUGUGAAAUUAGGUUUGUUUGAUAAGGGGUGGAUGGUUUACAACCAGAUGGCAGAGUGGGGAAUGCAACCUGAUGUGCUAACUAAUCAAAUUUUGAUCAGUAAGUACUGCAGGGAAGGGAAAGUUGAUUGUGCUUUGAUGCUUUUGAAGAACAUGGUCAAUUGCAACUUAGCUCCCAAUGUACACUGUUACACAGUUUUGAUAAAUGCUCUUUACAAGGAGAAUAGGCUAAUGGAAGUUGAUGAAUUGUACAAAAGCAUGCUGGAUAGCGGGGUUGUUCCUGAUCAUGUGCUGUUUUUUGUCCUUAUGAAGAAUUAUCCAAAGGGGCUUGAGCUUCAGCUUGCUUAUAUGAUUCUGCAGGCAAUUGCCAAGAAUGGGUGUGGGAUUGACCCUUCUAUACUCGCAUUCUCUGCUAGUGUGAAUUCUACUGGAGAUUUGGAGAGAGAAAUUGAGAUUCUGCUCGAGGGAAUUGUGAGAAGUAACUUGAAUCUAGCUAAUGUGGCAUUCAGUGUUUUUAUCAGUGCCUUGUGUGAAGAAGGAAGGACUGAUUGUGCUUUGAUUUGCAUGGAUAAAAUGGUUAGAGUUGGAUGCGUGCCUUUGCUUUUUACUUACAACUCUUUGAUCAAGUGUCUUUGCCAGGAGGGGCUUUUUGCGGAUGCUGAGUCCCUGAUUGACAUCAUGCAAGUUCAUGGGGUGGUCCCAGACCAAGCAACUUAUUUGAUAAUGAUAAAUGCACAUUGUAAACGAGGUGAUUGGGUGUCGGCAUUCGAUAUUCUGGAUCAAAUGGAGGAGAGGGGACUGAGACCUUAUGUUGCUGUAUAUGACACUAUUAUUCGUUGUCUGAGCAGAGAGAAAAAAAUUUUUGAAGCAGAAGAAUUGUUUAAGAGGAUGCUCAAGUUUGGUGUGGAUCCUGACGAGGUUGUCUAUAUGACGAUGAUUGAUGGCUACUCCAAGAAUGGAAGAGCAAUUGAAGCCUGCCAGUUUUUUGAUAAAAUGAUAAAGAAUUCCAUUCGGCCAAGUUCUUAUUCCUACACUGCACUUAUAAGUGGGUUAGUGAAGAAAAACAUGACUGACAAGGGAUGCAUAUACCUUGAUAGGAUGUUGGCAGAUGGUCUUGAGCCAAAUGCGGUGUUGUAUACCUUGCUUAUUAACCAUUUCUUAAAGAAGGGAGAGUUUGAAUUUGCCUUUAGGUUAGUUGAUUUGAUGGACAAAAACCAGGUUGAACAUGAUCUUGUCAUGUAUAUCUCACUGGUCAGUGGUAUUAGCAGAAACAUCACUGGCAUUAAGAAAAAAUGGUGCAUUUUAAAUAAAGGGUCUGAAAGGGCAAGAGAAAUGUUUCUCCAUUUGCUCCAUCAGAGAACUCUAAUCCCAAGGGAAAAUAUUUUGAGAGUUUCUAUUAAUUCUGUUGAGGAAAUGAAAUGCUUUGCAUUAAAGCUGAUGCGGAAGGUUAAAGAGAUUAGGUUUAUGCCAAACUUGUAUAUAUACAAUGGUAUAAUCUCUGGAUUUUGUAGGGCAGAACAGAUGCAGGAUGCCUAUGAUCAUUUUGAAAUGAUGCAAAGAGAGGGUGUACGUCCCAAUCAGGUGACUUAUACCAUUCUUGUUGAUGGGCAUAUCCAAUUGGGUGAUAUUGACAGUGCAGUAGGAUUGUUCAAUAAGAUGAAUGAAGGUGGUUGUGCUCCAGACAGAAUUGCGUACAACACUCUACUGAGAGGCCUUUGUAAGGCCGGGAGACUACUUGAUGCCUUGUCAAUCUCAUAUAUGAUGCGUAAGAGGGGGGUUUUACCAAAUCGGGUUUCUUUUGAAUAUUUACUCCGUUGCUUUUGUUCUAGUGAUCUAAGUGGUCCUGCCUUCAAGAUAUUUGAAGAAAUGCUUGCUCAAAGUUAUCUACCUAGCCGGUUUAAUUGCAACUGGUUGUUUUGCAUUUUAUGCAAGAAUAAUAAAUUGCGUGAAGCUCGUAUAGUGUCUAAUAUGUGCGUCAGAGAUGGAAAUCUCCAGAAAAUGCAACAAAGAGGCUUCUUCUGGAAGCGUGCUAUAAGGGAAGAGAAGUUAAUUUAGCAUCAUGUUGUUAAAGAAAUAUGCUAGUGCAUGGAAAAAAGAUACUUUCUGGUGCAACAAAUUCAGAGGAAUUAUGGAGUUCAUGCAUUUCCUUCUAGCGGCAAUGAGUCAUUUGCAUGCAGCUGACUAGAAUAAGGUAAUGAAAGAGAAUACUAUAGUUCAAAUCAAAAUGUACAUGUCAUUGACUGUCCUCUGAAAGAGAAUAUGGUCUAACAUUGUUCUUCCUGAGUCAUGACUCGCUGUGAGACACUUGACGGUGCUUUGCCGCGCAUUUAUAGGCUUCAAGCUUCAAUUUCAGCUCUUGUUAAGAUGUGGAGCUUGUGUGCUGUGCUGUGAGUUUCUCUUCCUAAACCAAACCAACAUAUGAAAAGAGGUUGUUGGUCCAUAGUGGUACAAGUUACUGCAGCAGUAUAGACUCAACUGAUUUGAGUGGGGAAGCAAUUAAGCUGCUUCAAUGGCCGGCACCAGACGAUCCAAGCGCCUGAAUCCAAUGAGGUUCCAAUAUUGGCGACUUACAUACUAAGUUGAGGACUUACAUAGAUACUUUUUCACCUAUAAAACAUCUGUGUUUUAUAAUUUAGCAUGGUUACCCCAAGAGGGCAGAUUAUGGCUAUUCGCAAGGCUUGAGACGCUGAGCAAAGGCUUGUAGAAACAAAUUUAUGUAUAUCAUUUGUGUAUAGUUGUACUUGAAAUUGUAUUGUAUAUUUGUUACUAUUUGUACUUGGAGGCUCUGGUUUGUAUUGAUGAUAG